UCAUCGUUGAGAUCCAUUCAACCGUAAACUACUUUCCCAAACACGCAAACAUUCUAGCCGCUGCAGUGAGGACAAUAAACCAGAGUGGAUUCAAGAUCUGCAAAAUGCUCCGGAUCUGCAACCAGUGACGUAAAUCUGAGCCCAUUAACGCUGCGAUUCUCACCCUUUUCCUACGACUGAGACACUAAAUCACGGCGGGUCUUCAGCUCCAAAAAGCAACCGACAGUAGAGCAUCUUCGUUGUGCAGGUCGAAUAAGGUAAGCCAGUUCUAGAUUUCCCUGCUUAUUUUACCUUUUUCAGGGCUGAUUAUAUGAGGUAAACCAGUGGGGGAAGGUUGCGUUUUGACCUUGGGGAAGCUUUAGAACGAACAUUAGUCUGUUGGGUGUCUGAAAUCUUUAGGUCAGCAACAAGGAUAUCAAAUCCUUCGCUCCUAUGAUUAUAUCAUUUUCUGUAUGUAAUAACUGAAGUAAAAUCCAUUAUAUUUAGGCCUCUUCCUGGAAAUCUUGGAUGCUAAUUUAAGAUGGUACGCAGUAAAUUACACUGUGCUUUUUUUACUAGUUCUCAUAGUCAGUCGAAUUGAUGCAUUUGUCCGAGGAAAUGUGAAAAAACGGGGGAAGGGGAAGGGGAGCUUGAUAGCUCUGUAUCAUGCUUUCUGCGUCGGAGCGAUUUCAGAACAGAUGGGAGCUCUUUUUAAUGUUUUCUUGUCCUGUACUUUGUCCUGGUCUUGGUAUUGGUAUGAGAUUUCAAUAAUGGAAGGAACAGCACCAAGUCCAUUGUUGCCUGCUGUGUUUGAUUUACUUCCCACCAGUACUCAAUCUAUACCUUUAUUACCAAACACGCAAAUCCUGGCAAACUGCUUGAUUUGUUUAUCCCCUUCCAAAAUAGAGAAUUGUUCAGAUUAUAUCACUCUUCUUUUUCUCUCUGGAUAACUUUCAAGGUGAAAUCCAAAUGCGGUAGUCCAAACUGUAAAUUAUAUGAUGUGAUUGCGGUUAACUCUACAUUCGACGGCUGUUGCUACAUGUUCCAAAUAUUUAUGUAGCUGUUGCUAUUACUUCAAACUUGCGCGAUCAGAUGUCGAGAGUCAAAUUUUAGGUCAGUUUGAUUUCCCAAAAGCAACUGAAUUUAUAGAGCAGUCUAACUUCUCCUUGCUGUCCAUUCGCUUAUACAGGGUGCUUUACCGCUCUAUAUUGCCGCUGGCUAGGACUUCAUGCCCCCUGUUACCCGCCGUGCUGCCAAAGCUUUGAAGCCGAUUGGGAUCCAGAAAUCUCUUUCAACCAGGUCAUUCACCUCAGAAAACGAUAUUCGGAAGUGCCUUUCUAACUACUACAAGAUGCGAAAACAAAGGCGCCAUCAAGAUAAGAAGCGUUGUAAUUACUCUAGGCAGCACGAAAUCCGAUUUGCCAACCACUUUGUUGAGAUGCAUGGACAGGGUGAAAUUAGGGACAAUAUUAGUACCUACGUCGUUCCCGAAAUCCAGCGCCGGUUAAAUGGCCAGUACGGCACCUGUAAGGCCUGGUGCAACGUUGGAGACAUUCAUGGUGUGUUUUACCCCAGUUUCUCGAUAUGCUUCCAGAAACUUAGGUUGUGUUUGGAUUGUAUUUUUCAUGAUUUUUUAUGGAAAAAUUACUGUAGCGAUUUGAUGUAUGUGAGGGAAAAAGAUAAUAGGGAAAUAUAAUUACGGAAAACGACGU